UGCACGUUGACUUUUUCGCGUGUCGUCUUAUCAAAACACCACCACCGCCAACGUGCCACUUGCAGCAGCAGCACACACCCUGCCACCCCUGCUGCGCCACUGUGCUCGUCGCUGCGUGCCAGUGUCAGUUGUGACCUCCGCCGCCCUCUCCUUCCGUGCGCUUUUCUUUCGUGCCCUUUGCCGCCUCUCUGUUGCUGCGCACCCUUGCCGAUCCCCGCCCCUGCAAAGGCAAAUGAGUGAGUCUGACACGAAGCGUGCCAACACCAUGGACCAGCCCACGAUCGGCACCCACGAUGGCAGCUUCCACUGCGACGAGGCUUUGGCCUGCUUCCUCCUCCGCCUGCUGCCAACCUACAAGGACUGCGCCAUCAUCCGCACCCGCAACCAAGAGAAGCUGGACACGUGCACCGUGGUUGUGGACGUCGGCGGCAAGUUCGAUCCCACCAAGCUGCGCUUCGAUCACCACCAAAGGGAGUUUGCUCACACCAUGAACUCGCUGGACAACAACAAGCGCUGGACAACCAAGCUCAGCUCCGCUGGCCUCGUCUACUUCCACUUUGGUCGUGAGAUCAUCAAGGAGGUGUGCAAGACGGACGAUAGCACGACAGAGGUGCUGUUUGACCAGAUGUACGACAACUUUGUUGAGGAGAUUGACGCUGUCGACAAUGGCAUCAGCCCGCACGAGGGCCAGCCCAAGUACCGUGUUGCCUCGACUGUGGGCAACCGCGUGGCCCGCCUCAACCCGCCAUGGACCGAGAAGAACCCGGACUUUGACGCCCAGUUCAAGAAGGCAAUGAACCUGGUUGGACAGGAGUUCCUCGAGGUUCUCAACCACUACAAUGACGUCUGGCUGCCUGCACGCAAGCACGUUGUCAACGCCCUCUCGACGCGCAAAGAGGUUGACAAGAGCGGAGAGAUCAUUGUGUUUGAGCAGGCGUGCCCGUGGAAGGCGCACCUCUUUGCCCUGGAGGAGGAGGCUGACGAAAAGAUCAACAUCAAGUACGCCCUCUUCACGGACACGCACGGCAAGUGGCGCGUGAUGGCUGUGCCCGUGUCCCCCAGCUCCUUCACCAGCCGCAAGGCGCUGCCCGAGGUCUGGCGCGGUCUCCGCGACCAAGAGCUCUCGGACAAGGCAGGCAUCCCAGGCUGCAUCUUCGUCCACGCCUCCGGCUUCAUUGGCGGCAACAACACAAAGGAGGGUGCCCUGGCCAUGGCGCGCGCCAGCCUCAAGAUGUAAACUCCACGCUGGCUCUCCCUCCACGCCUGCGCACAUGCAUGUCAUCUGGUGUUUGUUCGGUCGUGUUUCUUUGGGUGGUGUCUAUUCAUUGCUGGGGGCUUUACUCUUCCUCUGUCGGUGUGAUACCCAUUCCAUUGCACUGCACAAAGCGAAGCGCACACAAGAAACAACAAUACACAACCCCCAACACCUGA